AUGGCAGCUAGUGUAUUAAGACAAAGAGGCACGCGCUGUCUAUAUACCAACAGGAUAAUAUUAGCAUCAGCUCCCUCAUCGCCUCCACCAUCAUCAACCAAAGCAGCACCUCCCACUCCUUUGCAAUCUGCUCUCAAACUGUAUAGAGCUUGGCUGAAAUCAGAUGCUACUCACUACAAAGCCGCUGGAACUGGCAACAAAUUCGCAGGAAAGAAUGGAUUGCCAUUUCCGUUGAAUCCCUUCUUCAAACCAACUCCUCCACUCGCCGAUUCCACAAGAGAAGAAAUAUACCGCCUGCAUCUCACUGAACCUGAUACCUGGACUGUCGGCAAACUAGCUGCUGAUUAUGGAAUAUCCUUUGAUCGUGUACGAGCAAUACUCAAACUGAAGGCUGCUGAAAAGCAGGCUGAGAUGGCUAAAGGAAUACCACCACAGAAAGAGUUUGCAAAAGGAAUGGAGAGGUUGCUAUCCGCUGAAAGGAGAGGUCGUAACUCUUCUAGAAGAGAACCAUUAAGAUCCCUGCUUGCUAGCGGAUUGAGACCAUUUUUUAGAAUGGCUGACGAAGAUGAGACAUUAUCACCAACAGACGCAGCCAGAAUUCUCAAACUAGCCCCAUUCUCAAACAUUAAAAUGAAGAUUGAUCGAGCUUCUGAGGGUAAACAACCAGUGAGUCAAGAUGCUUUACAACAAACCACAAUCAUUGAAGAGAAUCUGUUGCAUGCAAGUCAUAAAAAGUUUGCUAUUCGGGAUGUUAGUCAACAAAAGGCACAGACUUUGGUUCGUGAGACUAGUGGUAUACUGCGGACGCAGAGUUUGGUGGAGAAGUUACAGAGGUAG